AUGAGUGAAUUCUUCUUUAAUAUCGAUCAUGGCUAUUUAGAGGGAUUAAUUCGUGGAUUUAAGUCCGGUCUUUUAACAACGACGGAUUACGCUAAUCUUGUGCAAUGCGAAACUCUCGAAGAUUUAAAAUUGCAUAUUCAAUCAACUGAUUAUGGAAAUUUUUUGGCAAAUGAACCUGGAAGUAUUACUGUUCAAGUUAUUGAUGAACGUUUGAAAGAGAAAUUGGUUGCAGAAUUUAAUCAUCUUCGAAACAAUGCUUUGGAGCCUUUGUCGACUUUUUUGGACUUUAUUACCUAUUCGUACAUGAUUGACAAUAUAAUUCUUUUAAUAACUGGAACUUUGCAUCAACGACCUAUUAACGAAUUAAUUUCAAAAUGCCAUCCAUUGGGUUCUUUUGAGCAAAUGGAAGCAAUACAUAUUGCUUCAAAUUCUGCUGAACUUUAUAAUGCUGUUCUUGUCGACACACCUUUAGCUCCUUAUUUUGUCGACUGUAUUAGUGAACAAGACUUGGACGAAUUAAAUGUUGAGAUUAUUCGAAAUACACUUUACAAGUCUUAUAUUGAAGAUUUUUAUAAUUUUUGUAAAAAACUUGGGGGAAAAACGGCCGAAGUUAUGUGUGAAAUUUUGGCGUUUGAAGCUGAUCGUCGUGCUAUUAUUAUUACAAUAAAUAGUUUUGACACUGAACUUAACAAAGAUGACCGCGCUAAUUUAUAUCCACGUUGUGGAAAGCUUUAUCCAGAGGGAUUAACUGGACUUGCAAAAGUAAAAUUAAAUGUCCAAGCUUAUUUACAUCAAUUCCAUUUUGGAGUGUUCUAUGCUUUUGUUAAACUGAAGGAGCAAGAAAUGCGUAAUAUUAUUUGGAUUUCUGAAUGUAUUGCACAUCGUCAUCGGGCUAAAAUCGAUAAUUAUAUUCCAAUUAUUUAA